CUCCCGUUUCCCUUUGCUGCCUGGCUCGCUGGCUGCACCCCCGUCCCUCCCACUCACACUUCUCUCCUUCCUCGUCAUCAUCGCCUUUCUCUCCUCCUCCUCCCAUCCUCGACUGUAUCCACCAUCCAACUAGGUCUUUGCAACAGCUAAACCGACACUUGGCAACGUCAAAGCAACAACUGCAACUCGUCCUAUAACAACCCAGUUUCCCCCUUCCAAGCAUUGCCCAUAAUGACUGCUACUGCCGAGUACGACUACCUCUUCAAGCUCCUUCUCAUCGGUGACUCGGGUGUCGGCAAGUCGUGUCUGCUUCUCCGAUUCGCCGACGACACGUACACCGAGAGCUACAUCUCGACCAUUGGCGUCGACUUCAAGAUCCGCACCAUUGACCUCGAGGGCAAGACUGUCAAGCUCCAGAUCCAGUGGGACACCGCUGGCCAGGAGCGUUUCCGUACCAUCACCUCGUCGUACUACCGUGGAGCACAUGGCAUCAUUGUCGUCUACGACGUGACCGACAGCGACACCUUCUCCAACGUUAAGCAGUGGCUUCAGGAGAUUGACCGCUACGCCGUUGAGGGUGUCAACAAGCUCUUGGUCGGAAACAAGUCGGACCUGGCGACCAAAAAGGUUGUCGACUACGCCGCCGCCAAGGCCUUUGCCGACGAGCUCGGCAUCCCCUUCCUCGAGACCUCGGCCAAGAACGCCACCAACGUCGAGCAGGCCUUCCUUACCAUGUCCAAGCAGAUCAAGGACCGCAUGGGCUCGAGCUCGAUUGCCUCUGGACCUGGCGGCAAGUCGACCAUCAAGGGCCUCGGCCAGAACGUUGAGCAGAAGGCUCAGGGCGGCUGCUGCUAAAGAUGCGGCGCCUCGCUGUGCGACGCUGUGGCCGUAUGGUGGUGUGAGCAGCCCUUCUGUAGAAGAGGGGUCUUAGAGAUUGUGGUGCAUGUCUAGGGGGUGGAUGUUGGGCCUAUUCUUCUGUUAUUCUCCCAGGCCGCUCCUCUGCGUUCCUCCACCCCGUAGGCGAUGGGCGCGUCUUGUAUAUAUGAAUGUGAACGCCUGAUUUACUAGCA